AUGCAAAUUAAUGCUUUCAGUGUCUCCGAUACACAAGUAUGUCAACUAUUGGUAGUUCAUGGUUCAAAGGUCAACGAGAUAGACAAUGAUGGACGAAUUCCUCUGAUCCAGGCCGCUCAGGAAGGACAUCUUGGCAUUGUACAAUUAUUGGUGGAACGAAAUUCUCACAUCGAUCACAAAGCUCACGACGAAGAUUAUGGAGCCACUCCUGUUGGUGUAAAUAAAAGCCGUAGUUCAUCGUCAACGUCAAGUAACGAAACGAAACCUUUAAAUACCACAGCGCCCCCUAGUAGUGUUAUAGUUAUAGGAGGCCACGCCCUUCACAGCUCCCCGUCAGAAUCUCCAGAAUCCACGUACGAUCGUCGUAAAUCCUAUCAUUCGAACAAUUCUAAAUCUUCCAGUAACCUGACCUCCUCAACCAAUCAGAGUGCUCAUUCUAGUCAUGUGAAAACAGAGGCUCCUUCUGACCAAUGUCUGACUUUCACUCAACAACUUCAACAGUGUUCAAUGGGGAAAAAUCGCACAAGGCCAGUAAGUCGCGUUCUGUCUCCAGUCAGUGAGCCACAAUCUCCAGAUCAAACUCCCCCAGUCUCCCCUAACAUUCAAGGACAGCAGAAAUAUUCCCCAGGGGUGGAUAAUAACAUCAACAUAAUGGCCCCAGCCCCGAUAAAAAGUGGAAGCUUAAAACAAGAAAAGAUUUCAGCAACGAUUAACAUCAUUACAAAUCCCAACGCAGAAAUGAUGAGCUCUGUCGAGGAACCAGUUUGGCAAAUUAACCCAGCACUUUUUCCACAAAACGUGAAACGAAGUACGAGAAAUCAGCGUGCGAACAAUCAGGACACGCCCACUAAGUUAAUGAUGGGCCAAUCAGCUUUGGAAAUGCGAUCUCCAGAAUUACGUAGAAAGAGAAACGGAAUUGUAACGAAUCCUAAAGUCAUAAAAAGUCCAAGUGGAAGCCAAUUUAACAAACUGAAGGAUGAAAGUGAGAACCCUGUGAUUCACUCAAAUGGAUUCUCUAAUCUUGACCCCAGUCCCACACGAGGUGGUACCAGUAAGGGGCCAGCUAGACCUAAUGGUUUACCUAUCAAGAAAGAAACACCAUUAUAG